UCCUCAGCAGCUACUAUGGACCUGACUCUGUGGCAGUACCAGUUCAGGAUCAUCAUGUUAGGGGACACGACAGUUGGUAAGUCGUCCCUGCUGAAGCGUUACACAGAGGAGAUGUUUCUGGACUGCAUCAACCAGACAGUAGGGGUGGACUUCUACGUGCACUUCCUGGAGGUGAAGCCUGGCGUUAGGGUCAAACUGCAGUUCUGGGACACAGCAGGCCAGGAGAGGUUCAGGUAAAGAACAGUACUGUGCUGUAUUACCACAACAACACAUUCAUUCAGCCUACAACAUCACUCCAUUCUGUAAUGUUAGCUAUUCAUUUACUAAUCCACCACACCACUACUUUGCUGACUUGAGGGACCUGCUUUCUACUCCAUGGCAUAAAUCAUGUAAAGACGUAAUUACAAGACAUAAUGCUAGGAUCUGCACAAACAGGGUAUUCUACAGAGGCUCAGUGGGAUAGGAUUGUUCCCAUAAAAGAAUAAUUCUUACUAGUAAGAACUAACCAUAGUGACAACAGGAAAUACAAGGCUUGCCUUGAUAUGGGGCAGAAUGCACCCUUUCCCUUCAGAGAGCUGCAACUUCCCCUCUCUCUUUUCCUUCUCUGCACACCACUACAAUGUUCAUGCAAAUGCAAUACCCUGAUAAACUACCAGCUCUUUGAUUUGGGUAUUUUCCACAAUAGGAGUAUUUAUCAGUCUUUGCCUAAACGAAAAUCCAACAAACACAAUAGAACCUGUAUGGGAGUAAGGUGCAUCAGACCCUCCCUCCUUAUAGAAUGUAAUGAACAACCGGGGUGUAGACAGCAAGGUGUAACGUCUGCAGAUACCGUAGAUAUAUAGCUAGGUUACUGUAUUCAAUGUGAAUAAAAUACUCACAUUUGCUCUAUUUCGUAUUUCUAACUUUAAUGCUAUGAACAUUCCAGCCAGUGUUGGGGUCAAUUCCAAUUUCAUUUGAAAUGUUUAAUUAAAUUUGAUUCUUCACAUUAUACAUUUACAUUUUAGUCAUUUAGCAGACGCUCUUAUCCAGAGCGACUUACAGUUACUGAGUGCAUACAUUUUUCAUACUGGCCCCCUGUGGGAAACGAACCCACAACCCUGGCAUUGCAAGCGCCAUGCUCUACCAACUGAGCUACAGGGGAGUGUCGCUGCACAGCUAUUUUCAGGUCUCUCCAGAGAUGUUUGAUCGGGUUUAAGUCCGGGCUCUGGCUGGGCCACUCAAGGAAAUUCAGAGACUUGUCCCGAAGCCACUCCUGCGUUGUCUUGGCUGUGUGCUUAGGGUUGUUGUCCUGUUGGAAGGUGAACCUUUGCCCCUGUCUGAAGUCCUGAGCGCUCUGGAGCAGGUUUUCAUCAAGGAUCUCUCUGUACUUUGCUCCGUUCAUCAUUGCCUCGAUCCUGACUAGUCUCCCAGUCCCUGCCGUUGAAAAACAUCCCCACAGCAUGAUGCUGCCACCACCAUGCUUCACCAUAGGGAUGGUGCCAGGUUUCCUCCUUUAGGCAAACUCCAAGCAGGCUGUCAUGUGCCUUUUACUAAGGAGUGGCUUCUGUCUGGCCACUCUACCAUAAAGGCCUGAUUGGUGAAGUGCUGCAGAGAUGGUUGUCCUUCUGGAAGGUUCUCCCAUCUCCACAGAGGAGCUCUGGAGCUCUGUCAGUGUGACCAUCGGGUUUUUGGUCACCUCCCUGACCAAGGCCCUUCUCCCCCGAUUGCUCAGUUUGUCUGGGCAGCCAGCUCUAGAAAGAGUCUUGGUGGUUCCAAACUUCUUCCAUUUAAGAAUAAUGGAGGCCACUGUGUUCUUGGGGACCUUCAAUGCUGCAGAAAUGUUUUGGCACCCUUCCCCAGAUCUCUGCCUCGACACAAUCCUGUCUCUGAGUUCUACGGACAAUUCCUUCGACCUCAUGGGUUGGUUUUUGCUCUGACAUGUACUGUCAACUGUGGGACCUUAUAUACAGUACCAGUCAAAAGUUUGGACACACCCACUCACUCAAGGGUCCCUCUCCAUUUUUACAGUUUUCUACAUUGUAGAACAAUAGCGAAGACAUCAAAACCAUGAAACAACACAUAUGGAAUCAUGCAGCAACCAAAAAAGUGUGAAUGAAACUCAGCAUAUGUGGGAACUCCUUCAAGACUGUUGGAAAAGCAUUCCAGGUAAAGCUGGUUGAGAGAAUACCAAGAGUGUGCAAAGCUGUCAUCAAGGCAAAGGGUGGCUACUUUGAAGAAUAUAAAAUAUAUUUUGAUUUGUUUAACACUUUUUUUGUUACUACAUGAUUUGUCCCACAAUCUCGAUGUGCUCCAUAACCGCAAGGUGUGUCCGCUCCCUCAUGCUUGUGUACCCAAAAUGCCCCCGCUUUGGGGUAUUUUCCAGCAGGGCACUGUGGAAUGACUCCCGAUAACCUUCACCUUGAGCAGGGCUAGGGGUUGGAAGAGCAUAUUGGUGGAAUUGGAAUUGAAUUGGAAUUAGAAUUCAGUUGGAAUUGUAUUUUGUUCUUCUUUAAAAAAAAAAUUGGAAUUUAAUAGUCUCUCUGAAUUCAAAGACUGACCUGGAAUUUUAAUUUCAUUUAAUGACAUUUACAGGGUGAGUGAAUUAAAUUAAAUUUGAAUUUGUGGAAUUAACCCAAACUCUGAUUCCAGCCACCUGAAUAAGCCCAAGAUUGUGCCCACAUGUGUUCUGAUCAUCCAUCUAAUCCUCUGUGACUCACCACAGCCAAACAAAAUAUUCCCUGUGAAUCAAUGGUUAUGAGUUUAUUUUGUUAACUGUUACAUACUUGCACAAUUGACCAUAGUGCAAGCAUUCCUUAUAGUCUGGCUUAUCAUUAUCUGUCUCCCUCUCUAUCCCAUGAGUUGAUAUUCAGUGUUGGGGAGUAAUGAACUACAUAUAGUUCAACUAGUAAUUGAACUACAUUGUGCUGUAGGUUGGUGGUAAUUGAACCACAUUAAAAAUCUUGGUAGUGUUUUAAGUAGUUAACUUUUGUUGUUGCCAUUCUAACUACACACUACUUUUUGGCUCAAAUAAAAUAUGGGUGUAGUAGGUAAGAAUUGUCUUUCUUUUUUUGGCAUCAGACCUGCCUAAUUGUCACUCGAAACAUAGUUUUUGUGUUUAAUAGGCCAUGUUACACAUUCAGUUAAAGGACCAAUCAGACGUUUUUAUAUCAAUAUCAAAUACUUUCUGCGUAACAAUUAAGUAUAUUUCUUAAAUUAAAAUGGGCAAAAAUACUUCCAUUAAAAUGGGCAAAAAUAGCUUUUUAGCAAAAAACUGAAAACUAGCUGUUAUUGCUUUGAAUUGGUCAGUAGCCUACAGAGUAGUAUGAGAAGAAUGCAACUGCUGAAUUUAUGUAGAUAUUCUAAACUUAGUGUUUUAAUAACUUUCAAAUGUAGUAACAGGUCCAUACAGAAUAAACAACCCUUCACAUAAUACCAUACAAUCAGUGUUCUGCUAAAAUAACAAUGUGCACCUUUCACCUUUCAUUGUAUUUCCCAGCCAAUAAAGAUACUGUGCCUAUCAACAUUUUGUCUGGUGGUAAUGGGGCUACCUUGGCAAACAUGUCAGAGUGGUCAUACCUUCUUGUGUGGUGUCCUGUAUACACCAGGAGUUCCCUGAUCCUGGUGCAGAAUACACAGGGUUUCUCCCUCCCCAUAAGUAAAAGUUGUCUAGUAAAAUGUUAAUGCCGUGCCAGGUUUCUCUCCAUUCAGAGACAUCAGUAUCAAGCCUGUCUGUAAUUCUGGACUUCAUCACAUCAUAUUGCAAGUCUCCAUGAGCUGGCUCCAUACAUGUUUCUGUGAACACAUACUGUACACACAUAGUCACCAAUGGCAGUUAGGAUAGGUGAUAUCUGACACAAACAGGUACUACAGUGCAUUUGGAAAGUAUUCAGACCCCUUGACUUUUUCCACAUUUUGUUACGUUACAGCCUUAUUCUAAAAUGGACAAAAUAAAAACAUUUCUUCAUCAAUCUGCACACAAUACCCCAUAAUGACAAAGCAAAAACAGGUUUUUAGAUUUCUUUAGCAAAUUCAUAAAAAAUUAAAAACAGAAAUACCUUAUUUUAAUAAGUAUUCAGACCCUUUGCUAUGAGACUCGAAAUUGAGCUCAGGUGCUUCCUGCUUCCAUUGAUCAUUUGACCACCAGCCAAACUGAGCAAUCGGGGGAGAAGGGCCUUGGUCAGGGAGGUGACCAAGAACCCGAUGGUCACUCUAACAGAGCUCCAGAGUUCCUCUGUGGAAAUGGGAGAACCUUCCAGAAGGACAACCAUCUCUGUAGCACUCCACCAUUCAGGCCUUUAUGGUAGAGUGGCCAGAUGGAAGCCACUCCUCAGUAAAAGGCACAUGACAGCCCGCUUGGAGUUUGCCAAAAGGCACCUAAAGGACUCUCAGACCUUGAGAAACAAGAUUCUCUGGCGUUAUAACGAAAACAGUGUGACUUGAAGAGCUUUUACACUGUGUAUAUCAGGUACACAUCCUUUACAUUAUGUAGAAAAUAUCAAGGAGGAAGACAAUGUUUUCGUGAAGAUAAGAAUGUGAUUGAUAAUAAUUUUGCCUCGUAACUAGCCACGCCCGACGGAGCUCAGAGAGCAUGUCAGUAUGAUGGAAACGCACCUCUUUACCAGAGUGCAUAAAAGAUUGAGUUAAGAAUGAUCAGAUCAGACUAGACAGACCUCAAGCUGCAGCUUUUGUCCAUAUUGGUCCCGACCUUGAAAAUCAACACGAGGUGAAGACGACAAAGUUGCCUCCACUAACAAUCAAUGUUACGGCUGAGUAGCUGUUCUUAGUACUGUAUCUAAGAAGGUGAAUUUAAGUGGGACCAUCCUGUUACUCUCUUCAAACCAUCAUCUACUACACUGCUCUCAUCACCCAGGGGAUCAUCGACACGGCUGAUUAGCCGUCCUCAGAAGACCACUUCCAGAACAAGUGAACGUAAACAGACGACUAAGAAGGACAUUGUGACCUCUUGUGGACAAUCUGAGCCUUACAUCUGAGCCUUACAUCUAAAAGGCCAUCCGAAAGAGAAGGCCCAAUCGACCCCUUCCCACGAAUGCCUGGGUCCAACAAAGAUACACGACGAAGACCUCCAACACGUAAAUACAUGCAUUACUUUUCUUUUAGGAUUACUGUGAGCGUAGGUCCAUGUGUAUCCAAGUGUUUUCUCUCUCUCUCAUCUUUAACUCGCCAUCUUUAGUAACAAGUGUCAUAUUGUGUUAGUCCGCUAGGGACCCGUUUUCAAUGUAUUAAGUUUCUAAUCCCUACCUAUACCGUGUAUGUGUUUGUAUCUUGUGAUAUCAUUUUUAAAUAGUUAGUAAAUAAAUAAUUAAAUCAAUUUGUGUAGUACGGAAUGAUAAGUAAGACCCGGGUUCGUGCAGACUUAAAGAGUCUACGACUUUCAGAAUGAGACUGAUAUGAGGUAAAUGAUUAAUAAAUGACUGUUAAACGAUAAGAGAUAUCUAGAUAUCUUUAGAGUUAAUUCGGGAAACGGUAACUCAUUAAACAACUUUUCCGGUGGUGCCCCAAAUUCCUAAUGAGUUAAUUGUUGUAGGAUUUAAUUUAAUCUAGUAACAAUUAAACAUAGUAGGUAAUUAUUCGAUAAAUAAUAGUCAUCAUAAUAAUGAGAGUCACGUCACGACACCGUAUAGGGCUUUUCGGUCUCAAACGGCUGUGAUCCUUUGAACGCGUUGGGGGUGAUGAAACAACGGAGCCCCAUUCAAUGAGGGGGUUCAUUUAUCUGGCCCGGAUUACCACGGUGGGAGGAGUUUGAACCGGGUGAAAAGUGAUCAUUUCUUUUCGCAGUUGCUCCAUUUGUUUUUGUGAAGGUUCUAUAUCCAUUUGGGAGGGGAUGUUGGGGAAGUUCUGUGCAACUUACUUGGCAAUCUACACCAAAAAGGAAAAUACAGUUUUUGACCUAAUUGUCACAUAACAGCUAACCAUUCAUUAUUGAAAAUAUAACUAUCAAACCUGUAUUACAAAGACCCCACAGCUGAAGGUGUCCUGCUGCAUGGUGGGAGUUAUUUUCCCUCCUUUCCACUUUAUGUCCUCCCAGUCGUCUUUUCCAUGGCAGGAUCUUCUCAUUUUCAAGUAUUCUCUUUUUUAUGUAAACAUAAUGGAAUUCUGAUUAGUUAUAGGCAAAUGAAUACACAGGCCAAAACGGUAUGCUGUUUUCCUUAUCAGCAUAAUCUAGUAGAGGUAAUUUCCUUUAUGCCCCAUUCUACACAGCCUAAAUUAUAGGCACUGAACCAUUUACAGGAGAAUAAUACAAGUAGCAUAUACUCUCUUUUUCCCCAAAUGACUUCUGAGUGUGGGUGUCCACUGUGCAGCAAUGUCCACACCUACUGGGUCUCGGGUUUACAGAUUGAAGUCUAAUAGUGUGAGAUGAAAGUAGACAAACAACAGAGUGUGCGAUAUGAAGGCAUAGUGAGUAAUAAAAUGUAUGUACUUUGUUUACGCUCCCUAACUAAUUCAACUAGGAAUAUGGAAUGCUGCUAACAUUUCCACGUUUAUUAGCUUUGGAAAGCAAAUUCAUAUCCAAAUUGUGAAAAUAAGACCUGUGCAAUGUUGUGCGCAGUUUUUCCAACAUCAUGACACUUAUUUGGAGCCUGUGGCUCAAGUGGUUUGAAAGCUAUUGAGGUUUGAAGCGCGAAUAGCUGCCGAAUAUCCAACCUGAAACUGUCUUUACCUCGGUCACAUAUCGCACAUGCAUGUUAUUGUGGUGGCUCAGCAUUGUGGGUUCGGAUUCUCGGGGCUACCCAUACGGAAAAUGUAUGUACGCAUGACUGUAAGUUGCAUCUGCUAAAUGGCACAUGUAUUAUUACAUCUCAUUCCAAAAUCCUGGGCAUUAAUAUGGAGUUGGUCCCCCCUUUGCUGCUAUAACAGCCUCCACUCUUCUGGGAAGGCUUUCCACUAGAUGUUGGAUCAUUGCUGCGGGGACUUGCUUCCAUUCAGCCACAAGAGCAUUAGUGAGGUCGGGCACUGAUGUUGGGAGAUUAGGUCUGGCUCACAGUUGGCGUUCCAAUUCAUCCCAAAGGCUUUUCGAUGGGGUUGAGGUCAGGGCUCUGUGCAGGCCAUUCAAGUUCUUCCACACUGAUCUCGACAAACCAUUUCUGUAUGGACCUCGCUUUGUACACGGGGCAUUGUCAUGCUGAAACAGGAAAGGGCCUUCCCCAAACUGUUGCCACAAAGUUGGAAGCGGAAGCACAGAAUGGUCUAGAAUGUAUGCUGUAGCGUUAAGAUGUCCCUUCACUGAAACUAAGGGGCCUAGCCCGAACCAUGAAAAACAGCCCCAGAACAUUAUUCCUUCUCCACCAAACUUUACAGUUGGCACUAUGCAUUGGGGCAGGUAGUGUUCUCCUGGCAUCCACCAAACCCAGAAAUGUCAGUCAGACUGCCAGAUGGUGAAGUGUGAUUCAUCACUCCAGAGAAUGCGUUUCCAAUGCUCCAGAGUCCAAUGGAGGCGGGCUUUACACCACUCCAGCCGACACUUGGCAUUGGGUAUGGUGAUCUUAGGCUUGUGUGCGGCUGCUCGUCCAUGGAAACCCAUUUCAUGAAGCUCCCGAUGAAAAGUUAUUGUGCUAAUGUUGCUUCCAGAGGUAGUUUGGAACUCGGUAGUGAGUGUUGCAACCGAGGACAGACGAUCUUUAUGCUCUACGCGCUUCAGCACUUGGCGGUCCCAUUCUGUGAGCUUGUGUGGCCUACCGCUUAGCGGCUGAGCCGUUAUUGCUCCUAGACGUUUCCACUUCACAAUAACAGAACUUACAGUUGACCGGGGCAGACAUUUCACGAACUGAGUUGUUGGAAAGGUGGCAUCCUAUGACGGUGCCACGUUGAACGUCACUGAGCUCUUCAGUAAGGCCAUUCUACUGCCAAUGUUUGUCAAUGGAGAUUGCAUGGCUGUGUGCUCGAUUUUAUACACCUGUCAGCAACAGGUAUGGCUGAAAUAGCCGAAUCCACUAAUUUGAAGGGGUGUCCACAUACUUUUGCAUAUAUAGUGUAUAUAUAGUGUAUAUGUUCCUCUGUAGCUCAAUUGGUAGAGCAUGGCGCUUGUAAAGCCAGGGUAGUUGGUUCGAUCCCCGGGACCACCCAUACAUAAAAAUGUAUGCACACAUGACUGUAUGUCGCUUUGGAUAAAAGCGUCUGCUAAAUGGCAAAUUAUUAUAUUAUUUUAUAUUAUGUCAAUCUCUCCUGGCUCAAAGUUGAGGAGAUAAUGAUUGCGUCACUAUUGGUCACAGUUCGGACACUCAUUGAUAUCACACAAGACAUGCAAUCAGAGGUCUCUUCACAGUCCCCAGGUCCAGAACAGAGGCCGGGAAACACACAAUAUAAAAAAGAGCCAUGACUAAAUGGAACUCUCUGCCACCCCAGGUAACUCAAGCUAGCAAUAAAACGAUUUCACAGCUAUUCUUUCAAAAUAAUACAGUAUUUAUUUAUUGUAAGACACAUAUUGAUGCAAUCAGUCAAUGGUGCCACCUGUCAAUGAUUUUAGACAGUGGAAUAAUAAUGGUUUCUCUGUCCAGAUCUGUCUACACUGCGUCUGACUACCUCUACUGAAAAACUACUAGGGGUUGUUCAAAGAUGAUGCCUAUUCUGGUGAAACCUCCCUUCAAUGAAUACCACAUCCUCUUUUGUAGAUGUAAUAGACAGAGGUCAACUAAGUUCCUCCAUACAUAGUCAACAUUAGCCUAAUGUAGGUUAACAUUUACCAAUGUGUAUAAGUUCAUAGUAAUUAUCACAACAUAUCUGCUGAUCAUUGAUUCACAUCCAUAAAUUCAUUCCAUUUUUUUUAACAAUUUACACAAUUCCUUUAACUUUUUGAUUAUUUGUUUUUAUUUUCUCUCAGGUCAGUGACUCGGUCCUACUACCGUAACUCAGUGGGGGGCCUGCUGGUGUUUGACCUGACUAACCGCGCCUCCUUUGAGCAUGUGCAGGAGUGGCACGCAGAGGUGUGUGAACAUGUGAAGCCCCAUACUGUGCUGUUUGUACUUGUGGGCCACAAGAAUGACCGGGUGGCCCAGGGAGAGCGGGUGGUGGGCCAUAACGAGGCAGAGAAACUGGCAGGCCAGCUGGGGAUGCCCUACAUCGAGGCGUCGGCUAAGACGGGUCAGUGUGUGACGGAGGCCUUCGAACUGCUGACCCGCCGGGUGUACCAGGGCCUGUUGAGCGGGGAGGUGCAGCUACAAGAGGGCUGGGACGGGGUGAAGUGCUUGGCUCCACAUGCUUCACUAGUAAAGCUACAGAAGCCCAGGAUCAAUAGACCCAACAACAGAAAGAAGUGCUGUUCCUGA